AGGAACAUAACCUCAAAACAAGUUAUUUUCCAAUAUUUUCCAGCCUGUUGCUUUGAAAAUAAAGGCGAAUAAAAAGGCAAGAAAAGUCGUGAAAAUUGAAAAGAAAAGUGCAAAAGUGUGGAAAAGUGUUUGGAGCACAUGCAAACGCGUAUUGGAUGGAAGAAGACGGGAUGAUGGGCGCUCCUGGGACAUCGGGGGCUGUACGUGUUGUGCGAAAGUCCAAGGUGACACAGGUGCUGCAGAAUGAGAAGAAACACAGCAGUCCGGAUAGAUAUGGUUCUGCGUCAAAUCUGGCAAAGACACGCAGUGAUGCUUCGUCAUUUGGCUUCCCGGAAGACAUGAGGAUUUCCAAGUUGAUGAAUCGUCUGUGUGCUGAGAGGAGUGUCGAAGGGGCGCUGGAUUUGUGCGGGAAGCUGAAGGGAGUGAUUGUUGACCCGACAAAUAGUAACUACAUUCGUCGUUCAUUUGAUGGAAUCCUCGAGGGAUGCGUGGAGGUGCUGCUGGAUGGACCGAAGGAAUGCCAGGUGCACGUUGUGGAGAUUCUGGCCAAGAUUGGGGUUGUUAUGCGUGGGGAAUUCAGUCAGUUCACCGCGGGAAUCCUGAAAGUCUUCAAAGGGAACAAAGGAAUCAAGGGGUUGAUGAUGGGAGUGCUUCGGGGCGCGUUGGAAGUCUUGCAGGAGCAGGGAAUUCAGGUUUCGUCGCAGAUCCCAAAGCUCCUGGACACACUGAAGGAUUUCCUGGAGAAAACAGACAACGUGGAAGUCUUUACGAGUGUUUCCAGCGUCAUUGACACCAUUGCUGCGAACUACCCAACGCAAUUCAGGCCAUUCUUCACGGACACAGUUGACAUCCUGGUUGGGUGGCACCUGGAGACGGAUCAGAGCCUCCGUGUGAGGGAUCACUGUGCCAAAAUCCUCGAGAAUUUCCGCCCAUUCUGGCGUCGUGACAUCAAGUUCACCGUGAGGCUGCUGGAUCAGAUAAUUGAGGAUAUUGUGCUGAAGAGUGAAGAUCUCGGGAGUCAGGAAGCUGAGCAAUUUGUCAUCUUUGCCUCCUUCGUGGCUGCUCUCAAUACCAUCGUGAAAUGCAUUGAUGUGUCCUGUCCGGAGGCUGUGGCUGCCAUUGGGGAGGAUUUUCUCUUUGAGGGCUACGCUAAGGUUCUCCCAGCUGCCAAGGUGGCCAUCCAGCAUUGUCCCCAAGAGGAGGAAGUCACUCUGACUGUUAAUGAGUUCAUAGCGUUGCUCUUUGACACCCACGGAGUGCAAUUUGAUGCCUCCCGGGAGGAUAUUCAAUCCCUCAUUGAGAUGCAGCUUCAGCGUGUGCAGGAAUACUCUCGUGGGCAAAUGCUGAGUCUCAUCUUCAUCAUCUUGCGCUUCCUGCGUGCGAUGAAGACGAGAAUCUCCAUGGAAUUCAUUGAGCUCCUCCUCGUGCAUCCACAUCUACGUCGGGAGAGAUUUUCCCGCGAUGGAAAGUGCCGGGAAGCCCUCGUGAAGCUCUGGCAGGAAAUUGUAGAUGUGAAGAAUGUGGCAAUACUGGAGAGAGCCUAUUCCGUCAUCAUUGAGGAGCUAAAUGCCGCAGUUUUGGCUCUAAGAGCUUCCGGAAGCACCCAGGAGCGCUGGAAGUUCCUCAUUGUCUUCCAUCUCAAUGGAUUGGCACGCCUGGCAGCUUCCUCAACAUCCAUAAUUGCCCUGUAUGCCCUCCGGCCGAGUCUCCUGGAGAUGCUAACGACGAAUCUCUGUCCUGCCGAUGAGAUCUGGCUCCGUUUCCCCGUAGUUCAUCAUGCCAUUCUCACCCUCCUGGUGGCUCAUUGCUCAAAUAAUGGGAAUUUCAUCAGUUCCAGCGGACUCCUGGCUGGCAAGGUGACCCCCAUGAUGAGCCUGGAUCGCACAGAGAGUCCCACAACAGAUAAUUUUGAGACAAUUCUCUCCACGAUUGAUACGCUCCUGCAGCAAGCAUGGAUUCCGCGUCAUUCCCAAAAUCUCCUCCUUGAAUGGUGCCAUCAGAUGAUCCUCCAGGCGGCAGCGCAUUGCACCAUCCUGCGGGACAAUCCCACCUUCUGCAGCAUCCUCCAAAGUAUCCUGGACAUCCCCACAAAGGCGAAUUAUGAGACAAAAAUCAAAUCCGGCGGAAUUCUCAGUGAUUUCCUGGACAAAUUCGUCGUGGUUAAUGAGAAAAUCUUCCCGGGACUUGCGGAGAUUUGCUGCAUUGAGAUGUGUAGUACAAGUUCACAAAUCCGGGAACUCUAUUCGCAAAUCUUCGCCAAGAUCCCGCUGAAUGUUUCCCUGAGGCAGGUGAAUGAAUUCACGGGGAAGGCACGGCAGUGGGAUGCGCACAUCCGGGAGAUGCAGCAAUGGCACAAGAGCGCUGCAGUUAUCAGUGAAAUUUGGCCAGAUCAAUUCCGGGACUUCCUCGAGGUGAUCACGUUCAGUAGUUCCGGCGGAUUUUGCGAUAGAACCAUCCGGGAGAUGUUUAAGCGUGCCUGGGUGGCUAAAUCUUCAUGCGGGGAGUACGAUGAGGCAGUUCUGCGGGACAUCCGGUGCCUCGUGGCGUGGAUUCAGUGGGAAGCAGCACAAUUCUGUGUGGCCAAUAAGCUCCGGACGCCCUUUGGGAAGCCCCAGGAGACGUUUCUACGCAUUGAGGCCAUUGUGAAGGAGGAUGCGAGAAUUCUCGAUCUCAAGGAGACCACAACGGUGGCUGGGAUUGAGACAGUUCUCGCAAAUCAGCGGCAUGCGAGGAUUCUUCUGGGGUUCAUGGAAGCUCUCGAGAAGGCCAUCUACAGUGCAACGGAAGGGACAGCCUUUGCCCUGCCGAGCCCUGAGAAGCCCUCCCGGACAUUCUUUCACGUUAACUCAUCCACAUGCAAUGAGUGGUUCAAUCGCAUCCGGACAGCAGUGGAUCUCGUGGCAUUGCACUGCAUGGAACCCGAGAUGGUCAUUCGGUAUUCCGAGAGCACGAUACGGAAUCUCGUGGAGGCACAGCGUGUGGCUGAACCACUCUUUGAGCACACCCUGAUGUCCCUGGCGUGGGCACUUCUCCGGAAUGGUGAAAGUGACUCCCUCAGUGGACUCUACACGUGGAUCAAGAAGAUCUCCGGGCGUCGCUUGGUGUGGGUGAAGAUGGCCGCAGAACAGGCAGCGGGACACAGAGAAACAGCCGCCGCGGGCUACACCGAGAUCCUGGAGGCAGAUCAGAAGCUAGAUAAGCAUAUUCGGGAGUUUAUUGUGGAUCAAUUGGUGCAGUGUCUCAUGUGGUCAGCACAGUGGGAGAAAUUGGCGGUAUUUCUUGAGAAUGAGGAAGCCCGGACAAUCCCCAGAGCCACCAUUCCCCUCAUAAACAUAACCUCAAAGCAGGUAAGGUGUAUUAUGCGCUACGAUGAGGAUCAGUCCAUAGCAGAGGAGUGCCUGGCCAAUUGGGAUAUCCUCUCGGAUGAAACAGAGUUCACCAAUAAUUUCUCCUGCCACCACAUCUUCUCCCUGGCUGAGAAUACCGUCACAUGCAUCUUCCCCGGGAAAUCAAUUUCACCCAAUGUUCUCCAGACGUGCUCUAAAACAUUUCAAAAUGGCCUCCAGGAAGCCCUAAGGACGCAUUCUCAGGAGCACCUGAACAAUCUCACGAUUCUCAAUCACAUCUGCCACAAAAUAAAGAUUGGGGAUGAUUCCGUGGACUCGUUGUCGGUGGAUAAAAUCUUCGGAUCCCUGACAUUGACGAGAAUUCUCUAUUUUGCGGAAUUCUUCUGUGGAUCGGAGAGGAAGGUGGAUGACCUCAAUGCAAUGCUGCGCCUGGAUAUGGUGUCCAUGUCCAGGAAGGAAGGUAAUCUGCAGCUGUGCAGGAGAGAGCUUGAACGCUACUACGCGAGGACGAGCAAUGCUGAGAGUCUGGAGGCAGCGUGUGAGGCGAUUAUGGCACACAAGGAGGCAGCUGUGUGGGAUCUAAAUCUCGGGAGGGCUGUCUAUGAGACGAGCAAGUGGUUGUAUUGCUAUCCGGAGAAGAGGGACUUUGCUGUGCAAUUCACAGCGGCAACAGCUCUGGGAAUCCGGGGGCAUAUAGCCUCCGGAGGGCAGCCUGAUCCGCAAAUUAGUGAGCGUGGUGCUCGGAUUCUUCUUAGUAUCUCCGAGUGGCUCAUUCCGGAGGAUGAGAAGCAAAUGCAGCUGCAAAUGCCACUCGGGCAGCUUCUCAAUCAACUUCCGGACGUUAAGCCGACGCCGGAUUUCGAUGCUGGUGGCGUUAUUCCGUUGACAGACUUGGCCACGGGAAAGCUAAUUGGGGCCAGUGUGAAGCAGUGUCCGGAUUUGGCGAAGGCGUGGAAUGCCUUUGGGGGAUGGUGCUACAAAUGGGGCAGGAAGAUGGUUGAGAAUCGUCCGAGUGCAACGAUUUUCCAACCGGCUGACAUUGCGGGCAUUUCUCAGGCAAUUCCGGAUGCAUCGCAGGAGGAAAUAUCCCAGGCAGUGGGAAUUUUGAGUGAGCAUCAAGUGCCAAUGGAGAUUGAUGACAUUGAGCCAGGAGAUGGGAGUUCGACGGAUUUGCUGGAGAGUCACAUCCGGAACAUACCGAGUUUUGCGCACAUCACAUCGGAGCAACUUCAGGCAAUUAUUGGGAUCUGGCGGAGGGCACAUAAGCACGUCUAUGGGUACUACGAGAUGGCAGCUGAUGCGUACUUUAAGUACCUCCAGUUGGGUACUUGUGGGAAGGUUGAUGAGGACUCAGCAAGCUCAACAGUGGCGGCAACACUUCGUCUCCUCAGGCUCAUUGUGAAGCACGCUCUGGGGCUGCAGGAAGUCCUCGAAGAGGGUCUGGCAAGCACACCAACAUCCCCGUGGAAGGUGAUCAUCCCGCAGCUCUUCUCGCGUCUCAAUCAUCACGAACCCUACGUCCGGAGGCGUGUGUCUGAGCUUCUCUGUCGCGUAGCUGAAGAUUCCCCGCACAUUAUUAUUUUCCCAGCUGUUGUGGGAGCAGCCCAGGGGGCUAAAUCCGAAGCCAGCAAUACCCUCAGUGAGUGCUUCUACUCCCUCCUGGACACACUCUCAAAUCAAGCAGCUGACACUGUGGCUCAGGUGCAGCUUCUUGUCCGGGAACUACGUCGCGUGUGUCUGCUUUGGGAUGAAAUGUGCCUCGUUUCCAUGUCCCAAACCUACGUGGCGUCCAGUAAGAAGUUUUCCGAACUUGAUGAUCAAAUCACCAAAGAGGGCAUCACAGACACCAACUACGGCACCUUCUCAGAGCUCUAUCAUCAGCUAAUGAAGCCCGUUGUGGCGACAAUGGAUAAGAUUCGCGCAACAAUCUCCCGGGAAGCAGAAACGAAGCACGAAGCAGCGUUCCAGGAGAAAUUCUCCAAGCCAAUUGGGGAAUUGAGUGAUCUCCUGAGGCAACCAAUGCGUAGGGAUGCCCCACUGAUGCCAUGGAUGAGAUUCAAAUCUCUCUGCGGGGUUUUCCAGCAGCGUGUCCAGAAGCGCUCGAAUAAUGUUCUCAAAAUGAGCGAUAUCAGCCCAACUUUGGCUGGAUUCAAGGACACCGUGAUCUCCAUGCCAGGCGUUGAGAAUUCCGGGAAGGAGCAAAUCCACAUCAGAUCUGUGGACAAUAUGGUACAGAUCCUCAAUACAAAGACAAAGCCCAAGAAGUUGGCUUUCCACGGAAGUGAUGGGAAUCGCUACACGUACCUCUUCAAAGGGCUGGAGGAUUUGCAUCUCGAUGAGAGAAUUAUGCAAUUCCUCUCAAUUGCAAAUUCAAUGAUGAGUCGCACGAUUGAUUGCAAUGGGAAUGUUUCCUCAUAUCGUGCUCGUCACUACUCCGUCAUCCCACUUGGCCCACAAUCGGGUCUAAUCAGUUGGGUCGAUGGGGUUCUGCCGAUUUUUUCUGUGUACAAAAAGUGGCAGCAACGUGAGGCGGCAAAACCGCGCAAAGAGAAGGAAAUUUCCCCAAUUAUGCGCCCUUCGGAGCUUUUCUUCAGUAAACUCACGCCAAAGCUCCAGGAGAAGGGGAUGAAGGUCACCGAUGCUCGUUCCACGUGGCCCAUUGAGGUCCUGCGGGAAGUUCUGACGGAGCUGGCGGCAGAAACUCCGCGGGAUUUGCUAUCGCGGGAAUUUUGGUGCACCAGCACAACGGCAGCUGAAUGGAGACAAAUUGUCCGGAACUAUUCACUCUCACUGGCCGUGAUGAGUGUCAUUGGGUACAUCAUUGGGCUGGGAGAUCGACAUUUGGACAACAUCCUGGUGAAUCUCAGCACCGGAGAGAUUGUUCACAUUGACUACAAUGUGUGCUUUGAGAAGGGAAAGACGCUACGUGUGCCGGAAAAGACACCCUUCCGGAUGACGCAGAAUCUCGAGAAUGCCCUCGGAGUCACUGGCAUUGAGGGAACUUUUCGCUUGGCAUGUGAGAAUGUGCUGAAGGCACUAAAACGUGGCAGGGAGACCCUAUUGACGCUCCUCGAGGCAUUUGUGUAUGAUCCAUUGGUGGAUUGGGCAGUGGGUGAGGAUGAUGACACCACCCCUAAUGGCACUGAGGUGAAGCAAAUAAACAACGGGGAGGAGAAGGAGAUGCUCAAAUUGCGGUAUGGUGAAAUGAAAAGGAGCUGGAAUACUAAUCGGUGGUCCACUAUGGAAGUUCUGGAAGAGCUAAAGCAGUACACUGAACCAAUACAAAAGGUAGCAAUGGAAGUUAAUAAGCUUGAUGAGCAGAAAACAGUUUUGAAGAAACGUAUAGAAUUAAUUCGGAAUCUUCAAAUGGUGGAUGAAUGGCAAAGAUCCGAAAUUUUAUCAGUUAAAAACAAAUUAAAGAACAUUGAAAAGCAUAAAGAAGAUACACAUGCUUUCAUCCAGAGGAACAUUGAGAGAUUCCGCGGGAAAGCUCCGGAGUUUCCGUGUAAAGGUGUUAAUGUGCCAAAAUGGGAUGAAUUUGAUGCUUUACAUUACAACGUGGAAGUAAAUGAGUUUGAAAGGUUAAAAUAUAUUCUGCCAAUGAUGCACAGGGAUCAACUCUAUGCUGAUCAUAAACAUGACAUUGUUUCCGGUCAUGUACUCUGUAAAGAAAUGGGUCUAUCAAUGAAGGAGGAAUUGCAAAUUCUUGAGGGAAUUUUUGAGCAAUUUUUCCUGUACAAUGGUGUAAUGCCCUUAAUCCGGGACGAAGAUUGCUACAAGAGGCGUCAUGAUGUUUUUGUGCAGUGUGAGAAAUUAAUGGAAGAGAAUAAAUUUAAGUUGGCACAGCAGAAAGCUCAUGAACUGAGAGAUCGACCGUGUGAAAUGUGGUGCAAUGGAUACCUAGAUCGCUUCUCAUCCAUAACGGAGUACUUCAUCCAACAGACUUCGCCACCAAUGGGGCUCUUGUAUCAAUUGAGUCAAAAACAAACAAUUGAGCGAAGGUAUGACAAUAUCUUGGACGAAAGCUUUAACCGUUUAAAUGGCAAUGCAAAGGGUUUUAUCCUCGUAUGCCUCACAAAGAAUAUCCCGAAUGUUUUAGAGAAUAUUCUCGACCCUGAAAUAGCAUUAAAGGCUGAAAUUCAGGGCAUUGCAUUUGUUGCAAAGUACAUUGAUCGCGAAUUACGUGGCAUUAACAACCACCUCAUCAGCAAUAUUAAUGAAAUUUGGGCUAAAGUGAAGAAUAUUUGGGAAUUUUUGGAGAAUUUUGCAAAGGAUAUUGCUCUAGAGACCCUCCUGAGGAUUACGAAUGAUGAUGCAUCUAUUUUGCAAAUGAUCACAAUGGUCUCAAGUCUACAGCAUGAUGAUGUUGCAUUAGGACAAAUAAUAUCGGAUGCAAUUGAUGAUUUGAACGGUACUGCAGAGAAUUCAGGAUGUUACAGUGCCACACAAACUGUUGGCAUGCAAAUUGAGGAGAAAUUUGAAUCAUUAAUUGGGGAAUACAGUGAAGUAAUUGAGAAGACAGCUGGAGAAAAACUUCUAUUGAAAAUUAACGAAACAUUCCCCGAUGUAAAGGAUUUCCAAGAGAUUGUGAGCAAUUUAAUGGAGAAUGAUGUGCUUGAGAAGGUGCAGGAGGUGGAUGUUGUUGCAUCUGGGAAGCGUCAAAUGGAAAUACAGCAGAACCCGGAAAAAGGAAAGAUUUUACGGAGAAUUUGGACGUUAAAGAAAUUGGAGGCAAUCAUUGAGUUCUUUACGUGCAUUUUGCAGAUUGCGUGUGCCUUUAGGAGGGCUGGCGCACCAUCAUCAGACAUGUAUCAGCAUUUCUAUGGUGCCCACGAACGCUACGUCCAAGAGUUUUUGCACCAAAUUGUCUCACCAAUUGCAAAAUACUGCAGUGGGUUGAUUUUUGUGGAAUUCCUCGAGAAAAAUGGUAUUGAUUGGAAGAAGAACGGAACAACGCAUGGUUGGAGCUUAACUGAGCUCCUCAAUGCAUCUCAAGGUGAAUUUAUGAGGAGACUAAAUGAUCAAAUCGGUGAUGAGGAACAUUUUGAGAGAUUCUCAAUAAUCGAGUAUUUCACAUCAAAAUACGCCGCUUCAGUCUAUUUGGACGUAAUUCGUUGGAUGAAAGUGCGAACAAUAACGCUGAAGAUUGUUGGGAGUGCCUAUGAGUGGCGCUUUGAGGAUGAAGGAGGAACAUCAAGGUUUCCAACACGCAAGGACUUCGUGGAGAAUAUAAAGAAAAUGCUGGAUACUGUGGGUACAUUGGAGAUUAGUAUACAGAAGAUGUACAAUGAGAUGAGUAGUUUGCAUGAGAAGCUAUCAGGUGUGUUGCCAAUGUUUGGUUUAACGGCUUUUGUACGACGAGACAAUAUGGAGAAGUUGUCAAAAUUCACAAAGAUCGCCAUUGAGAAUUACAACGUUAUUUUGAAGUAUGAAAACAUCAAUUCUGAUUUAGUAGAAACAGAUAAUGCGCUAUAUGGCAUGACUAGUCGAAUCUCUUUUGUCUCAUAUGAAGGCCUCAUUAAACGGAACAAGUUGAUUGAAUUCAUCCCAGAUGAUCAGGAAAUCACCUUUGAAUGGGUUGAUGAGACAGAAACAAGCUUGGAAAGACAACUUUGGGAUGUUCAAAAGGCAAAAAAUCUUUUGAAUGAAGACAUAAAGGAAAGGUGGCAAAACAUCGGGAUAUUUAUGGAGAAGCUACAACGUCUCAAUGUUGAUUUUGUACGUAUCUCCACGGAUAUCCGUGGACUCCUCAAGAGUAGUCUACGUAUGGAGGGGAAACAUCAGAGUGCAACAAAGGAGUAUUUACUUAAAUGCAAAUCCUUUGCAACAACAUAUGAAAAUCUCCUUGAGAGUCUACGGAAGGAAGCCUUAGAUGGCAAGCCAGAGGAAGUUCUUGAGCAAAUUGCAGUGCUACAGAGAGAGAUUGAUGGCAUCUUUGAGGGUCCAUCGGAUCUGAAAAAGUACCAUCAUGAAGCCUUUGCGGCAAAGAAUGAGGAGAAUGGGAGGUUAGGGAAGACACGUGAUCAGAGUUUACAGAAGAGGAAUGCGUAUGGGGUGUCGGUAUGGCGGAGAAUACGAUUGAAACUCGAGGGGAGGGAUCCAGAGGCGACAAGACGGAGCACCGUACCCGAGCAAGUGGACUGGAUGAUCCGGGAGGCAAUGGACAUUGAUAAUCUCUCAGUGCUCUACGAAGGAUGGACACCGUGGGUGUGAACGGGUUCAGAAAACAUCGAAGGGCACUUAAUGUUCCUGGAAAAUCUCAAUUGUCCAACGCAAAAGCAACCAUCAACAUCAAACGAGCGACGUGACGUAUCAAAAAGUCCCACAAAAAAACGGACACAGGGCGUGCCCCAGGGUUGGGCAUCGUGUGCUCCGCACAUGGGCGUUUUUACAUGCAUUGCAACAACACAACCACCAUCUUGUGACAUUUUCCAUCAGACCAUUUCCACACACACAAUGCGCUUCUUCUAUCCAGGCUGCACAUCAAAGAUCAAAAGGCGUUGGACAUCCAUUCACGUGGACAAUGCUGCUGAUCACUUUUGUGUGGAACUGAUGGAUCUCUAGCUGCUGCUGCAUGUUCUCUUUUUCUGAUUAGGAGACGAUUCUAAUACGUUGCUCGUUCAACAUUUUGUGUGAGGGGAGAACCAUCAAAGCGUAGGUAUAGAAGCCGGCUUCAUGGAGUUUGCAAAAGACUCCAUUUUUAAAGGCUUUUAACUUCCUGGAUUUUGUGGUUUUAAUGGGGAUUUAGUAACAAUGGGGAAAAACUUUAUUGGUUCAUUCAAAAUUAAUCUAAAACAAAAAUCUUUUCAGAAAUUAAAAAAAAAAUCUUGUAGAUCCCAUUGAAAUAUUAAUUUUAGAAUCGCUCGACAAAUAAAUCUUUAUUUCAUCUCUUUAGAAA